UGUCCCGCCCGUUUAUGAAACCCGAGGUGCCCUGGAAGCUCUUUCCCUGCGGGCCGCGGUGUUCCUAGCGGGCAGAGGUUCGGGUUUCCUUCUUGGGAUGCCGGCGCUGGCGUGAGGCCCUGCGUCGGAGCUGCCGCGUCCACGGAGCGCCCUGCACGGUGGUGCGGCUCCUGUGUCCUGGGGGGCGGGCGGGUCACCCCCGUGCUCCGCCGGCGUCCCGGGCCGUCCCCGGCCUUUCGCCCCGCCUGCGGCCCGCCCCAGCGCGUGACCCCGCCCCGGGACGUGGGGCGGACCGCACCCCAGGCACAACGGAAGCGGAGGCUCGGCGGCCGAAAACACUUGGGCUCGAACCAUGAACCUCGACAUCCAGUGUCAGGAGCUGAGUGACGCCCGGUGGACAGAGCUCCUGCCUCUGGUGCAGCAGUACGCGGUGGUCAGGCUGGACGACUGUGGCCUCACGGAGGAGCGGUGCAAGGACAUCUGCUCUGCCCUCCAGGCCAACCCCUCCCUGACCGAGCUGAGCCUUUGCACCAAUGAACUGGGUGACGGCGGGGUGCGCCUGGUGCUCCAGGGCCUGCAGAGCCCGGCCUGCAAGAUCCAGAAGCUCAGCCUCCAGAACUGCCGCCUGACCAAAGCCGGCUGUGGCGUCCUGCCCGGCGUGCUGCGCUCCGUGCCCACCCUGCGGGAGCUGCACCUCAGCAACAACCCACUGGAGGACACGGGCCUGCAGCUGCUGUGCGAGGGCCUCCUGGACCCCCAGUGCCACCUGGAGAACCUACAGCUGGAGUACUGCGACCUGACCGCCGCCGGCUGUGUGUCCCUGGCCUCCGCGCUCAAGGCCAAGCAGCACUUCAAGGCGCUCACGGUGAGCAACAAUGAGAUCCGGGAGGCCGGCGUGCGGGUGCUGUGCCAGGGCCUAGUGGACUCUGCCUGCCAGCUGGAGGCGCUCAGGCUGGAGAACUGCGGCCUCACGGCGGCUAGCUGUGAGGACCUCCGUGGGCUCGUGGCUGCCAAGCCCUCGCUUCAGGUGCUGGACCUGGGUGACAACAAGCUGGGUGACCAGGGCAUCGCCACGCUGUGCUCCAGCCUGCUGCACUCCAGCUGCCGGAUCCGGGUCCUGUGGCUCUGGGACUGUGACAUCACCACCACGGGCUGCAGAGACCUCUGCCGCGUCAUCAGGGCCAAGCAGAGCCUGAAGGAGAUGAGCCUGGCGGGCAACGCGCUGGGGGACGAGGGCGCCCGGCUGCUGUGUGAGAGCCUCCUGGAGCCCGGUUGCCAGCUGCAGUCCCUGUGGGUGAAGUCCUGCAGCUUCACGGCCGCCUGCUGCGUCUCCUUUGGCGCGAUGCUGGCCCAGAACAAGCACCUCACGGAGCUGCAGCUGAGCAACAACCAGCUGGGUGACGCGGGCGUCCGGGAGCUGUGCCAGGGUCUGCGCCAGCCGGGUGCCGCGCUGCGUGAGCUGUGCCUGGGGGACUGCGAUGUGGCCAACGAUGGCUGUGCCAGCCUGGCCUCGCUCCUGCUGGUCAACCGCAGCCUGCGGGAGCUGGACCUCAGCAACAACUGUAUGAACGACCAGGGCAUCCGGUGGCUGAUGGAGAGCGCGGAGCAGCCCAGCUGUGUGCUGGAGCAGCUGGUCCUCUACGACAUCUACUGGUCAGAGGAGACGGAUGACGGCCUGCAGGCCCUGGGGGAGCGCAAGCCCGGCCUGAGGAUCAUCUCCUGAGCCCGGCCGCGCCCUCCUGCGGGCCUCUUAGCUUUGAACCAAGAGAUGUUCUCAGCUCACUAAUGCAAGAAAGUUCUAGACACUUUAUUAAAGCACUUUUUUUUUGGCAGGA